CUGCGACGUCACAACGUACGUCCGGGUUCUUGUCGUCAAGCUUUCAGGAAGCGGAAGGGCUUCUCGAGCCGGUAUGGCGGCGGCGGCGGCGGCUGCAUUCUGUUUCCUUUUCUUCUUCGAGCUGGCCUCGUUCGGGGUUUCGGCCACAAACAAAACCGAUGUAUCUCCUCUUUCAUCUCAGAUCGCAUCUGCUCAUGAACCUGUUCAAACUGCCAAAGUGAAGCCCCACACCAAGUCUGGGGAACUUCCAUCUUCAGAAACUUCAGACAUGACAACCAAGUCCUCAACCAUUCAGUCUGCUCAAAAUUUUUCUGAACCACACCUGAAAACUAUUCCUCUGAACUCUCACAAUAAUUCACAAAAUAGCUCAAAUCCUUCUGUUCUAAAAUCACACUCACCAAGGCCAUCUCAGAGCACCUCAACUAAGCCCCCAAGCCACCAGUUAGUUGCAUCUGUUCCAAAGUCUUCUUCCCAUGAUUCAGAACCUGAUGUGUCUGAGAAUUCUGAGGUCUCAACAAGUGUUCCUGAAACCUUUCCAGUGCAUGCCUCUGUUCUAAAACCAACCUCUCAGCCUCUGGUUCCUGAGGCUACCGAGGAAACUGACAAAAGUGACCUGCAUCAUGAUUCCUUUCCAAAAGGCGAUAACCUCGAUGAGGAUGAGGAUGAGGAUGGGGAUGGGAAAAUGGAGGAUGAGGCAGGAAAAGGGGCUGCUGAUGUUUCUCAGGCUGAGAAUGACAAUGUGAAGAACUUGCCUCCUGGUCCAGCCCCCAAGAACGAAUCUGAAAAUAGCCACUUCUUUGCUUACUUGGUGACUACAGCUAUUGUUGUUGCUGCAUUAUACAUUGCCUACCACAACAAACGAAAGAUUAUUGCCUUUGCCCUGGAAGGGAAAAAAUCCAAGGUAACACGAAGGCCCAAAUCCAGUGACUAUCAGCGACUUGACCAAAAGAUCUGAGGUGGACCCAGAAAUUCCACACCAAGCUGGGUUGAAUAGGGAGUUGUCCUGAAAAUACAUCAGAAGAAACACAAGGACCCUGCCUUUCAUCAGUACAGCCCUGAAGCCUGUCUGUUGUGCUGCAGUGGGCACAUGGAGGGAGGGACAGAAGUGCUUUUAAUUGUGCACAUGCACUUUGGUCACAACUAACGUCUUUGUUUUGAAGUCUUCAGCUGUUUGUACCCCUUUCAACUACUUGAAGUUGGACUGUUUUUCUCCCAUGCUGUGAUAUAAGAACAAGUAAGGAAUAAUACUUCGGAUCAGUCCAUCUGAAUUAUGUGAUACUUAACUUACUGUAUUGUCUUGUUGGGUGGUACUUAGCUUGUUGAACAAAGAGAUUUGACUCGAUGUCCUGGCGUCCAGUUUGUAGCGAGUAGAAGUUGACAUAAUGAAGGCUGGUGAGUGCUGUCCAUGGUGUUGAAACCAGAAGCCCCCUUUGUGAUCAACUGUCUUAGCAGAGGCACAGCUUUGCCAGACAUAUGUGUUGAAUAUCUUGUGUCCGUAGAGGACAGUAUUGACAAGUGAAUUCUUAAUGUUUCAAGCUUGUCAACAGAGCCAUGUGGAAAAUGUCAUCAUUGUGUUGGCUUGGGGUUUCCUAACUGUGAUCAGGCUAGGACCUCUUUGUAACUGGACUGAAAGUUAAUGAUUUGAAGUCAAUUGGUGUGAAGGAAUUUGGGUUGCGGUGUUUUAAUCCUCUCCUUCCUGCCCCACUCUGUGCCAAGCUUUUUUUUAGAAAAGGUCUUAACAGAUUUAUCAAUUAGUGUUGUCAUAACCCUUUAAAAAUGUUGCAAGGAUGUGGCUAUAGUUUCAUGAUUAGUGUCUUCUAAUCCACUUAAGAGUACAAAUAAUAUGGUAGUAUGUCCUUUCAGAUAAUUUUCAAAGAAAAGACUGUUUGUAAAUCCUUGCCUUUUUGUACUGUAUAUUCACAAUUUUACCACUAAAUAGAUGUUCUCUUUUGAAUCUAAGAAUCUAAUUGCUUUUGCUUCAAUCUAAACUUGGUUGUUCACUUCUGAGUCCUGAGUUUGGAGUAUCACUUUUUAGGUAUGAAAAGCACUUGAAUAGAAAAUAAUAGUACUGAUCACAAAUGCACUUCAGAAAAUACAGUUCAGGUUGUGUGUGAGUGUGCUCCUACAUGUGCAUGUGCUGCAUUGUGACACGAUCUGUGUAUUCCUAACAGUUUCUGUACUUCUACAAAGCAAGCUGUAAGGCAAAACUGCAUGUUCUUCUAGCUAUUGACUUGAGUUUGUUCAAUCCCUUGCAGACAGCAAAUGUUCUUAGUCUUACUUUGUUUCUAGUUGGGAUUAGGGAGUGGAAAAAUUGUGGAUGACAAAUUGGCUCUGGGGGCAGUUUGAGACCUUUGGUUCCAUAGCUAUUUCAAUCAAACAUUCUUAAUAGAGGAGACACCAUCACUAAAACAUUUUUGGCAUGCAUUUAGAAGCUGUGUUACCUUGAAGCCCUGCCCCCUUGCUUCAGGCCAGCAUAGAGCCUUCUACAGCUCCUUCCUUCGUCAUGCAUUUGAGACCCAGUCGUACACAUAGCACAGUGGCCUAGCAGAGUAGGACUGUGCCACGUCAGGUGAGCCCAUUUUUCUUUGCUUCCUUUUCUGUAUUAAAAUAUUGCUUCAAAAUAGAAGGUAAUAUAUUUGGGGGUCUGGGUUUAGAAUCUAGUCCAGUCCAUUGCCUGCUGUUUUUAUUUGAAUAUCUAAAUGUUUUAGUUUGCAGAUAAUUUUUUGAACCUGAGGGAGCAUCAAAAUAGAUUAUGUCCUAUCGGUUUGCCCUGUCAGUCUGGAGAAAUCCCAUUCUACCACAUGUGCAAGAGGUUAUCUUUGGCUGACUGAUGGUUCUUAGUCUUGCACAUAAAUGGGAUAGUGAACUAAUUCAUUAUCUGUGGAAACCCACAUACCAUUUGGCUUACAGCUUAACAAAUUACAGAGGAUCAAUAUUAUGCAACAUUCCCAGCCCAUUAAAUGACCAAAUAGCAAAGGACUAUUCCUUCAAUUACAAAGUUCUGAUUUUUUGAGUGUAGUAGAAUCUCUGGCUGAAAGUGAGAAGAUUGGUAGUUGAAUUUUGUCAUGGCUUAACUUAAAAUCAUGUGUAUUUUUUGUUUCCUUAAUUCAAUAUGGAAAAAUAUUUUCCAAUGCUUUUAAUAACGUAUGUUGUUUUCACUUCAGGCACGGGGCUUAAUGUAACUGUUUUGUAUUUUCUACAUCCACAUUGUUGUUUUUACCUCAACUUCAAUUAAGUCAUGUUCCAUUGCUGGAUAGCUUUCUUACCAAACAUUUCUUGUUUUCCCUUUAGGUUAGCUACCUCUCCUGCUUUUGAAUCCACAUGUAUGUUUUCCUUUGUGCCAGCUUUAAAAAAGAGACACUUUAACAAUUCAGACUUGUUUUUAAUCUAUUUGCAAUUUUUUUGGUGAAGUGAAUUUGAAUAAAGGAUAAUGCCAGUCUUUUGUUUCUUGAAA